AUGACGGGAGAAGCAGAAGUAAACCCUAAGGCGUAUCCUUUAGCAGAUGCACAAUUGGCGAUAACGAUACUGGACAUUGUUCAAGAAGCUGCUAACUACAAGCAGCUUAAGAAGGGAGCUAAUGAAGCUACCAAAACAUUGAACCGUGGAGUCUCUGAGUUCGUGGUUAUGGCUGCUGAUGCAGAGCCUCUCGAGAUUAUUCUUCAUCUUCCUUUGCUUGCCGAAGAUAAGAAUGUGCCGUAUGUGUUUGUACCUUCGCAACAAGCGUGGGAAGACCUUGCGGUGUAA